AUGUAUAGUACAAGAAGUCGUUCAGACGCGACCCCAUCCACGAGACGAGACGAUAUCCUCCAUAUCUCGACACCUCAGAGUAUAUCAAGCAAGACAAAGAAAAUACAAAAUCGCUUCAUGCAAAUAAAAGAAACAAAACAGACGGACAUAGAAGGUGAUAUACCGUUCUCAUCCCAAACGGCCCAAACCCCUCCAGCCAGAAAUCAACCCGAUCUCUCAAUCAAGCCUACGAAGCAGAGUCUCUCGAAGAGAAAUUCUCAGGGCUUUGACAAUCGCUUAUUCGAUCAAACCAAGCAGGCCGACAACAAACAGUUCAUUGCUUCCGAGUCUCCUUCCACACCUGACGCGCCUGCGUCUCGAUGUAGUAACCCGGAUCGGGCUUCCGCUCCAAAUGCACCUCCUCCUUCGAUAACCGUCUAUCGACCUCCUUGA